CUGGUGAGGGCCGCGCGCCGCGUGUCGGCCGCGCAGAGCGACCGCACCUGUGGCACCGUCCGCCGACGCCUGGCCAGCGCGCACCAUGGCGACCGAGAUGGACUUUGACGACAUCCUGGAGCUGGUGGGCAACGCCGACUGGUUUCAGCGGCGACUGAUCUACCUGCUGGUGUAUCCGGUCUCGUUCCUGCUGGCGUGGAUGGUGCUCAACAUCCUGUUCAUGGUGUCGGUGCCCAACCACUGGUGCCACGUACCUGGCCGCGAGCUCUACAACCUGACGGUCGACGAGUGGAAGAAUCUCACCAUACCCAGGCUGCCUACACGGCUGGGAGUACGACAAGUCGAGCUGGCGUCGCACGGCCGCCACCGACUUCGACUGGGUGUGCGGGGACAGCGCCAAUCCCACCACCGUGCUCACCAUCAACAGCGUCGGCAGCGUGGUCGGCACGCUUGUCUACGGCAUACUGGCCGACUUGAUCGGGAGGAAGCCCAUAUUCUUCCUCAAUAUAGCAAUAUUCCUGAUCGGCGGCAUCAUCAACAUCUUCGCUCCGACGUUCCUCGUGUUCGUUACGUCGAGAGCGAUAGCUCAGACAACAUUUCCGUCCCUCUACAACACCUUCUUCACUCUCGCGGUGGAGCUGGUGGGGCCGUCGCUGCGCGGACACGUGAACGCGGUGGCGUUCUUCGUGUGGACGGUGAGCAUGUGCAGCCUGCCCCUGGUGGCCUGGCUGGUGGCCGACUGGCAGGUGCUCGGACUCAUCACCAUCGUGCCGGCCGUCGGCUUCUUCUUCAUCUGGAGGUACAUACCAGAGUCUCCGCGCUGGCUUAUCAGCGUGCGAAGAAAGGCGGAGGCGAAGAAGAUCCUUCAAGAGAUAGCCGCCGUCAACAAGAAAGAGGUCCCGAAGGACUUAGACGCCAUGUUGGAGCACCUGUCAGCUCAGAUAGAGAACGAGAAAAAAUACGGCAUAUUCAGCCUGUUUACCUACCGCCUGAGUGCGAUUCGCACGGUCUUCCUCACUUUCUGCUUCAUCGGGAACAUCGUCAUCUACUACGCGCUGCAGAUGAACGUCUCCAACAUGGCCGGCAACGAGUUCCUCAACUUCUUCCUGCUGUCGGCGGUCGAGGCACCGGCCAAUGUGUUCGGCUGGCUGGGUAGCGAGCACCUGGGCCGUCGUUGGACCGAGGUCUGCUCGUUCGCCGUCACCGGCGUGGCCUGCCUCACCAUCAUGCCACUGCUCUUCUACCCCAAUCUGACCUGGCUUGUCACCACGCUGGCCAUCACAGCCAAGUUCGCUAUCACGGUCUCCUUCUUCGUGGUGUUCCUGCAGUCGGCUGAGAUCUACCCGACGGUGCUGCGUGGCUCGGGCCAAGCGCUCGGCUCCACCAUGGCCUACGCUGUCGGCAUCGGCUCCCCAGCCAUCAUAUAUCUGUCGACGGCCAACCGGAUCCUGCCGUACCUGAUCCUGGGCAUGAUCGCCGUCGUCUGCGCCAUCAUGGCCUCCUUCUUGCCGGAAACUCUGGGCACCGACAUGCCGCAGUGCGUAGAGGACACGCGCGACUUCCUCAAGGACCAGCCGUACUUCUCAUUCAUCACGCGGCGCUCUCUGAAGCGGCGCGAGGCCUGCACAGCCGGCAGCGGCGCGCGCCGCCGCUCCACCAUGGUCGUCAGUCAGGACGGCCUCAACGGCGUCACCACCCGGUUGGCCAAGCCGGACGCCGAGUGUCACGGAUAGCGGUGCGCACCGGGGACG